AUGGAUAGAGAUACAAUCACUAGCAGUAACAAUGGAACACUGCCCACUUCUGUGCCCUACGUUGAUAGUUCGUCACACAUUGACGACAUGAGUGAAAGUGGUAAUAACACAGCGGAUAGUACCAACAACUAUAACAAAGAAUUUGCCGAUUCACAUAACAAUACGGCUAUAAUUACACAAAAUUCGGAAAAACUAUCACUAAAUGUUUCGUCAUAUUCCUGGGCAGCACCACGUAUUGUGCAAGAUGAUAGUGGACUAAUAAAGAAAAUUAAAAUAUCCACAGCCAAAAAAUUGGCGCAAAGUUUUGCACAAAAUUCACAACAUUCUCCGCCAACAAUCACAAACGCAACAGCAACAACAACAGCAUCAUCCUCAUCAUCGAGUAAUACAUCCAAAUUGGAAAAUUCCUGUGAUGACAAAUUGCCGGUAUCCCCCACACAACAGCAACAGCAGAAUCAGCAACAUCAACCGCGUAGCAGUACGCCUUUGUCACGGGAAUAUGUGGCAUUACAACAAACCCAAAAUGAUUCGAAAAUUAUUAAAAAAUUCGUAACCGAUGCCAUGAUGGAGAGGACACGUAAGGCCAAAGCGAAAAAUUUAAAUAACAGCAAUUCAUCAUCCACUGCUACCAAUAAUAACACCACCAACAAUAUUUCUACAACAACCACAACGUCCAAUGAUCAUUCGUAUACAUCACACAGUAAUCAGAAUUCAUCUAAUGAAAAAUUGCACGGCGAGGAAAGCAAUCGUAUAAAACGUCGUUUAAUCUCCUUAAAGGGUGCUGAUGAUGAAUCGCCACCCUCUACCAAUUGGCGUCGUCGUUGGCGAUCACGCAGCAAAAGUUUCUACAAUAGUGAUAAUAGUAAUUGUUCCACAACCUUUGAUCUAGGUAACAAAUGGCCAUCUGAAGAGAAUUUACAAACAAGCGAGCAGCAAGAUCAGCAACCGCAUCAACAAAAACAACAGCUGCAUCACCAGGCCAGUAAAAGAUCGAAUAUGCGUUCGGAAAAUUCCGAAUUUGUACAAAAACAAAAAGAAUUUUUACAGCAUAUUAUUAAUUCGACACAAGAUACACCGCCAAAAACACGUUCACGUUCUACGGGGCCGGAGACAACAUCGGCGACCUCAUCGACAACAACUACACCAACCUCAGCAAAGGAUAAAAAAUUACGUGAUAUAUCAUCAAGUCAUCGACGUCGUUCACGUUCUAAAUCGCGAGAGAAGCUAACAAAACGUAUGCGACCCGAUGAUGAUGCGAAGAUGUCAAUGGAUUAUACGGAAAAUACAAAUGAUCAUCCAUGUGGAGGUGGAGGUGAUGCGGAUGAUUCAUCCUCUUUGAAUGACAGUGGUGGAGAUUUGUCAAAAUCUAUGGUAUUUGCUGAGAAUAUUGAACAUUUGAAAAAAGUUUGGCAACCACCGCCAAAGCCCGGUUCAGAUAGUUUCUGUUGGAAAUGUCAUGAUGCCGAUGUCGAUAUAUACUGUUCGAAAUGUAUACGCAGCUUUCAUACAACAUGUGUUAAAGCCAAAAUGGAUAGCUCAUGGAUGUGUACGGAAUGUUCCUCAAUUGAGAAUAUAUUAAAUAGUACCAAAAAGUCACGACGCAAUGAAUUGUCGGUGGACUUGUUAAGUCAAUUAUUGACAUUUGCUUUAAAGCGUAUGCGUUUUGCCAAAGGGAAUUACACUUUUGUGAUGCCCUAUGAAAAGACAAACAUCUAUAAAAAAUACAUUAUCAAUCCGGUGCAUUUUGGUACGCUUCAGGAGAAAAUCAAUUCCAAAGAGUAUCGCUGUGCCGAGGAACUUGUUAAUGAUACAAAAUGGAUGUUACACAAUGCGUAUAUUAUUACGGCAGGAAAUAACAACAAACUGGUUUUAUGUGCCAAAAAUAUACUCAAAAUCUGCCGCCAAGAAGCCAUCGAAAUUGAAACCUGUGCCGAGUGCUACCAAAAUGCAAAUACCCGCACCGAUUGGUUUGUCGAUGUUUGCUCGCAACCACAUAUAUUGCUGUGGGCCAAAUUAAAGGGGUUUCCCUAUUGGCCAGCCAAAGCAAUGGGUAUAGGUCAGACAUCAUUGGUUAAUGUACGUUUCUUUGGUGAACAUGAUCGGGCAUUUGUAUCGGCCAAAGAUUGUUUCCUAUAUUCCGAACAAGAUCCAAAUACCCAAACGGGUAAGAAAGCCGCCCGAGAAUUGGCCGGUUGUAUGAAGGAGGUGGAGGAACACAUUGAAAAUAUAAAAAACAAAGUGGGUGGUUUUAAUUAUGCACCAUUUAAGACACCAUUUGAUCCGGCGGAUGAAAUGCGUCAAUUGGAGGAAAUGAUGCCGGGUGUACAGGAUUUCAUUAGGCAGCAGCAUCAAGCCGUCAUCAAACCGCCAUUGCAAUUUAAAAUAUAUAAAACUGCGGAUAAUAAUAUGUCGAUUGUACAAAAGGCUUCGAGCACACCGGAUUUGUUAAUAGCUCAGCAGCAGCAAAACGAAAUUGAAGAAAACCACAAUAAUUCUAAGAAAAGGAAACUUUGUUCCAUCACCUCCCAGGAGGAAGAAAAACAAACAAAUGAUAAACAGCCGUCUGCAAAAUAUGAGGUAAUCUCCAAGAGCUCCUCUGAUGAUAGCAGUCAUCCUUCCAAGCUAGGUACUGUGAUACUUAAACGUAAAUCGGAUAAUCUUAAUGAUGGUGGGGGUACUAAAAAGAAUUACGGUGAUAAAGACUUUGAUGCUGCUGAUGAUGAUAACGAAGAUCAGGACCACACGGAAUUGUGUUUACCGAAAUUACAAAGAAUUGAAGCGGUUAGCUUUGAUGAGGCCACCGCCAAAAGGAAAGCAGAAAUUGAUAAAAAUAAAUGUAUAAGAAACAUUGGCAAUGGAAAACCGGCAGCAGCAGCCGAGCAACAAAAGAUUCCUGUGCUAACCAUAAAAACUAGUACAAUAACCUCCAAAUGUGAUCAGACCAUGGAAAAGGAAAUGCAGACGACGCCUAGUGAUGAUGUAGAAAAAGAUAAUAACACUACGAAAGGUUUACCAGGAACUGCAACCCCACCAGCCAAUGAUUUAGGGACGGAAUCGGUAUCAAAGGAAAAUAUAUCCACUUCAUCUACCCCCGCCCCUUCUGCAGCAACAAUUAGCGCUCAAAAGGUUGUAGAAAAUUUAGUUAAAAACAAACAAGGAGUGACCAUAAAAAAGAUCAGCAACAAGGACACAACUCCAGUUGCUAUGCCUGAGUCUCUAAACAAUGUGGAGGCACAAAAACAACCAGAAGGACUAGUUACUCCCACAAAUGUCGUUGCAACGACAACAAAGGUGGUGGCGGAAAAGCCCACCGAAACCUUAAUAUCGAAAACCAAACCGAAUGCGAAUGAAAAACAAAAACAGGACCAACAGGUGAAUAUCAUUCUAAAAGGUUUAGUGCCAUUUGUGGAAAUAAAACAGGAAGUGACUUCCGACAAUGAAGAAGAAUCACAAUCACCAGAGAAACCUAAAGAAGCAACACCAUCAAUGGCAACACAUAAAGAAACCCCUACAACAAUUGCAGCAAAUGCCUCCACUUUACCUGGCGUGAGGUCUAUGUCCAAAGAAACAUUGUCCUCUCAAAGUAAUUCGCCGCAAAAGGAAACUACUAAUGGAAAUACAACAGUUCCAGUCCUUUUGGCUCGUGUUAAAGAGGAAGUGUUUUCCGACGAAGAAGAGGAAAGGGCGGCCAAGUCUUCGAACCCUACAACCGGAACAACGACGCCUGCAAUAACAACAAACACCAAAAAUGAAAUACGUGUUGUUGGUGAUACGACCAUACAAAAAAUAUCCCUUCGAAAUCUUCCCGCAAAUCCAUCAAACAACAAACGAAAUGUUUUAAAGGGUGUUCCAUAUGGCCCACUUCCAGCUUCAGCAUUUUCUCAACCACCAAACACCGAUGGCUCCCACAAUGAACCGCAAACAAAAAAUAACACAGAAAAAUCAAAAGAGCUAUUAGAUUCUCCAACCAACAACCUGGAAGUGUGUAAUACACGACCGAUGUCCAGUAAUACAAUGGUAACAAUACCGGUUGAUAUUGCCUCCACGACGCGUAGCAUAAUGUCUCCCAUACCCGUACCACCGCUGACAGCGGUAUCGAAAACGGUAUCACACUCAAGUCAAACGUUGAGUUCUAUGGCACGGCAUAAUCCAGUAACGGUUACAGUUUCGGGUACAGCUGGAAGUCUGCCGACACCUUUGGUUUUGGUAUCUGCAGCAUCUAGCACAAUAUCAACUCCAGCAACAACAACGACAUCUUCAAACUCACCUCCCCUAACUAUAGGUAACAACACAACACGUAUGUUAGUCAGCGUUGCCAACGCCGUUACCACCACCACCACCACCGCCAAUACCACACCAGCAACAUCAUCUGCGGCGAUUACAACCAAUCCCAUAAAUCCUUUACGAUUAACAACCCCUCCACCCUUGGCUGGUCUUUCUGGUGUAAAUUUUAAUAAUAAUAUCCAUCAUGAUGGCAGUGGUGGACCACCUCCCCUGGAAACCACAACAAUUGUUUCGGGUACACCAAUUCAAUCUACAGAUACUCAAAUACCUCCUCUCAGAAUAACAUCUACGGCGGAUGGUCCAAUAAGAGCAUUACCCAAAUUAACGGCUCGACCCAAAGGAAUUCUACAAACGGCCGAGAAUCGUCCAAUACUUCCCACACAGGCUGGACCUGUGCAUACGCGUCUGUUUGAAAAUGCCUUUAAGGUAACCUAUGAAUUUAUGAAUGCCAUUGAAGAUACGAUACGCGAUUUAACGCAACACGAUGACACCAGUUUGCCGGCCAAAUUAUCUCUGGCCACAAUCGAAUUGGAAAAAAGUAAAAUGGCACAAGACGAAUUACGCAAACAGCUAGAAGAAAUGCGUAAAAAUAUGGAAAAUGAAAAGAACCGUGCAAUUGCGGAGGCACGAAAACAAUGUCAGUUGGAAAUGAAACAACGUGAAAUGGAAUGGUCACAACGCGAAUUGGAAUGGAAACGUGUUGUUGAGGAAACUAAACGUAAGCAGUGGUGUGCGCAGUGUGGUCGUGAAGCAAAAUUCUAUUGUUGUUGGAAUACCUCGUAUUGUGAUUAUCCCUGUCAGGAUAUGCAUUGGAGUCGACAUGAGGCAAAUUGUGCACAAAUACGUCCCAAAAUACAGGAAACAAAUCUAACAAAUAUCACAACGAAUAAUUUGGUGGUAAAUAGUAAUCUACAAAUGCAAAUGCAACGUGAUCAUAAUACCAAUUCCACCUCAACAUCUCACAUUAGCCCCGCCAAUGUAAAUACCAAAACACCUGGUUCUUCACCAUCCGUCUUGAUGAAAAAAGACAAAUCCGCAUUGGGUAAAAAAUCCUCGGCAAAUUCUUUAAUGUCCACCACAACGCAAAUGUCUGUCCAAUCUGCCUCAUCGUCGUCGUCUUCAUUACAGCGUAAUGCUAAUAAUAGCAACAACUCAGCGGAUCUUCUUAAAUUACCAACAAAUACCUAUUUGAGACCCGUUGUUACAGCUGUCAAUCAGCCAACUGUACGUUGCAAUACGACAUAUAGCAUUCCAGUGCAACGUUUUAAUGCUACGCAAGCAAUUACAACCCCGGCCAAUUCAUCAAACUGUCCAACGAACACCUAUACAAUUUUACAACAGGGCACUCGAUGGGUUCCAGUAGUUGGUACAACAAAUCCAACUAUAGCUGCACCCAUUGCCAAGAUACAAAUUGGACAAAAUUCAAGUUCGGCAACUGGUGGUGGUGGUGGUCGUGGUGGUAAAACAACUUCAAAUCGUCAAAUACGUUAUCAUUGA